AUGCGUGCCGGCGUCUAUCUUCCACCGCUGCUGGGUGUGGUCGCCUUGCUUGCCUGGCCGGUUUCUGUCGCAUCCUCCCUUACCUACUGUUCUUCGGCAAAUACAGGGUCUUCCCAAGCUGCAAACGAAAGUACCUUCCAGUCCAACGGCUUAUGCGAAGAUCAUUGCAGCACCUAUGCAUUCGGAAUUCUACAGGGGUACGAUUGCUGGUGCUCGAACAUCGCCCCCAACUCAGCGACCAAUGUAAACACAUCCGAUUGCAGCCAGGACUGUCCCGGCUAUCCCGAUGAUAGCUGUGGAAGUACUUCGAAGGGCCUCUAUGGAUAUGUGGCGAUCGUUGGCCAGCAACCCUCAGGAACAGCGACCGUGUCAACAACGUCGACUUCUUCAACCUCGACGUCGUCCACGGAAACCUCUGCAACUACCACCGAUGCUACCACUACGGGAAAAACCGUUGCAGUGGAAACGGACUCGGGUGUGGUGAAGACAGUGACCGUUGCCAACUCGCAGACAACCGCAACAUCUGCAUCGGCCGACAAAGUUUCAUCCAAACAGAGUAGCUCGGGUAUGAGUUCGGGAACGAUUGCUGGCGUUGUGGUAGGCUCUGUUGGUGGUGCCCUCGCGAUCAUCGCCCUGAUUUUCGUGUUUUUCUUCGCAAGACGCAAGACGCGUGCGAGCAGCCCUGAUCCAAGUGUACAGAACAUCUUACUGGAUGGAAGGCAAAGCAAAGGCUCACAGAUGAGUUUCAUGAAGGGAAUGUUUUCCGACAACCAUAGCCAUACCUUGUCUGCCGGGUCGUCGAUAGCCGCCAACCGCAUGCCGACGUUUACGGACAACCGCAUGAAAACCGAUACCGUCCUCUUCGCAAAUGGUCGUCGAGACAGCGAUGCAUCGCUUCAAGACAACGAAGAUUAUUCUCGGCCUGUUUUGCGGCUCACGAACCCCGAUGAUUAA